AUGUCUGCCGAUGCAGAAAAACAAAUGAAUGAGUUGGAAAAUAUUAAAACCUUUGGAUCUAUUGUUCACUACGGAAGUGUGAUACAAUUACUCCAUAUGAAAUCAAACAAAAUGCUCACCGUGAAGAAAAAACAACCAGCCCGAUGGGAUCGUCGUGCCAUGCUCGUCUGUCUGGAGGACUAUGGAAGCGAAGGUUCCUGGUUCUGUGUAAACCCUUUCUACAAGCACAGACAGAAUGGAGAUCCGGUGAUGCUCGGGGAUCGCGUUGUUCUGACUUCAGUUCAUACAGGACAAGUGUUGAAUGUGACGCAGACGGUGCUCGGAGAUGAGCUGAUGCAGACGGAAGUGAAUGCAUUAUUGGGUUCGAGCUCUUGUUGGCGUAUUCACCUUUACUUAUCAUACGAAGACAAUCGAGAGGAAUUUCUCAAAGGUGGUGAUGUUAUUAGACUUUUCCAUACGGAAAACGAAAAGUUUCUCACAUGUGACGAAUACACCGGCGGACAACACGUCUUUCUGCGCACCACGUUCCGAACCACGGCCACAACAGCCACAAGCUCCAAAGCGUUGUGGGAAGUGGAGGUAAGUCUGUGA